AUGGUCUUUAAAGAUGUUGAUGAGUUUAAGAGAGUAGUAACAAAAUAUGCUGUUAGGAAAAGGGUUAAGGUAGAAAAGUGGGUGAAUGAGCCUACAAGGGUUAGGGUGAGGUGCAAGGAUGUUAAACUUGCUAAACUAAAUGUUGAUAGUAGGCCUAUUUUUCAGAGCUUUUAUAUCUAUUUUGAUGCUUUGAAGAAAGCAUUUCAGCACUGUAGAAUAUGUAUUGGUUUAGAUGGUUGUUUUCUGAAAGGGGUUUGUAGAGGACAGUUGUUGGUAGCUGUAUGUAAAGAUGGUAAUAACCAAAUGUUGCCUCUGGCAUGGGCUAUGGUAGAGUAUGAAAACAAGAGCACUUGGACUUGGUUUAUCAGAAUUUUGAAGGAAGAUUUGGCACUUGGAGAUGGGACAGAUUUAACAUUGAUAACAGAUAUGCAGAAGGGACUAUUUGUUGCUAUUCAAGAUCUUUUACCUGCUGUUGAACACAGAAAGUGUGUUAGGCACAUCUUGGCUAACUUCAGCAAAGAAUGGAGAGGGCUACAAAGAAGACAGCGGUUUUGGAGAAUUGCCAAAAGCACCUUUGAGUCUCAACUAAGGAGAAAUAUUGAGCUGAUGAAGUUGCUUGGUCCAACGAAAAUGAUGGACAAACUGAUGCAUUACAACAUAGAUUAUUGGUGUAAGGUCUACUUCAACACUAAUGUAAAAGUAGAUUCUAUAGAUAACAAUAUGGCUGAGUGUUUUAAUGCUUGGAUCUUGGCUGCCAGGCACAAAACUAUAAUAACAAUGCUUGAGGAGAUUAGGGUGAAAAUGAUGGCAAGGAUUGGAACAUUGAGGGAGUUUGUAAACACUUGGAGAUGUAACUACUCUCCAAUGUGUACGAAGGUGUUAGAGGAAAAUGCUAAACUUUCAAUGCAAUGUAACAUUGAGUUUAAUGGAGUUGCUGGUUUUGAAAUUAGGGAAGGACUGUAUCAACACACUGUGGAUAUUUCUAGAAGGCAGUGCAGCUGUAGGGUGUGGCAGCUAAAAGGCAUUCCAUGUGCACAUGUUUUAGUUGCAAUUCAGUUCAAAAGGUAUGAUCUACUUGGCUACAUUGACCAUUGGUACAGCAAAGAGACUUACAUGAGAACAUAUGAGCAUGUUCUUCAACCAGUCACAAACAUGGAAAUGUGGCCUGUCUCUACCCACCCUAGUAUGGCUCCACCAGACAUAAAAAGCAUGCCUGGUAAGCGUCAAAAGGGCAGAAGGAAGGAGGCAGGUGAAAUUCCAAAGUCUGGGAAGAUGCCAAGAACUGGAAUGGCCAUGACAUGUAGCAACUGCCAUAAUAGAGGCCACAACAACAGGAUUAUGUCAACUAGUAAAGCAAAGGUCACCAGAUCAGCAGAGGUAACUGGUGACAUUGGCUACAAGCCAAGUGCAAAUAGUAAGCUGAAAUGGAGAGCCAAUGAAGCAAUCACAACCAGGAAACUACAAGAGAUACAAGAGAAAAUGACAAAAGGUAGAGGUAAAUCAGCAAACCCAAGCCAAGAAAGCACCUGUUCACAGUCCAAGCAGCCAUGGAAAAUCUAA